AUGAAGAAAGAUGGCUGGGUGAUGGUGCAUCAUCCCGAGAUGGGCUUGCUUUUGGAAGCAGUAUCCGAGAUUGAAGAUUCUACGGAAGAGAACUCUGCAGGAGCCCAAGAAGAAGCUGAGAAGAAGAUUAUCCAGAUGCUGCAACCCUCUUCCAAGGAGGAGAGCUUCGACUAUUUCUGGGGAAGCUCUUCGAAAGUGCCGGUCGCGCCGUUUAAGGCAGUGCGGCGACCAGCGCCGGGUCCCGGGGUCGUGGCAAAACCAGCAGCUGGUCCGGUGGAGAAUGCGGAGAGCGAGGCCAAGCUGGAUGAGUCAGCAUUGGCCGCAGCAAUGCGAUGGGCGGCUGAGGGCGGCGACGAGGAGCACCAUCCAGAGCCAGAGGACGUCCAGGAGGUCCCGCACGUCCAGGGCACCAGGUACCGAGUGAUCUACAAGAAGGUGGCGGUCCGCCGUUGGCCGGACACGAAAGCGGAGGCCAUCCGACAGUUGCCGCAGGGAGAGCUCGUUGAGAUGUACGACUGGGACGAGACCCACGCCUGGCGGCGGAUCCGCAUUCUGGCGAUCCGAGACGUGGCCGACGGCGGCGGCAUGCAGGAGGUGGAUGGUUGGAUGCUCUUGGAGUCUCCUCAAGUGGGACGCCUCUUGGAGGAAGUCGUUGAAGAAGGAGAGGACAACGAUGAUGACUUCGCCGGUUGA